CAGGCAUGAAGACCCCCAACGCACAGGAAGCCGAAGGGCAGCAGCCCCGGACACCUGCGGGCCGGGCCACUGGGGCGGCAAACGUGACGAGGAGAAAGACAUUCCAGAAGAAACAGAGGGGCAGACCUUCGUCUCAGCCCCGCAGGAGCAUUGUGGGCUGCAGAAUUUCACACGGAUGGAAGGAAGGCGACGAGCCCAUCACGCAGUGGAAAGGAACCGUUCUGGACCAGGUGCCUAUAAACCCCUCUCUUUACCUGGUGAAAUAUGAUGGGAUCGACUGUGUCUAUGGCCUGGAACUUCACAGAGAUGAAAGAGUUCUGUCCCUUAAAGUUCUUUCCGACAGGGUGGCAUCGUCUCAGGUCAGUGAUGCAAGCCUCGCAAAUGCCAUAAUCGGCAAAGCCGUGGAACACAUGUUUGAGGGUGAGCAUGGUUCCAAGGAUGAGUGGAGGGGGAUGGUCUUAGCCCAAGCCCCGAUCAUGAAAGCCUGGUUUUACAUCACCUAUGAGAAAGAUCCCGUCCUGUACAUGUACCAGCUUCUAGAUGAUUAUAAGGAAGGAGACCUCCGUAUCAUGCCAGAGUUCAGCGAGUCUCCUCCAGCGGAGAGGGAGCCAGGAGGAGUUGUAGAUGGCCUGAUAGGGAAACACGUGGAGUAUACCAAAGAAGACGGCUCCAAGCGGAUUGGCAUGGUCAUCCACCAAGUGGAAGCCAAACCCUCUGUGUAUUUCAUCAAGUUUGACGACGACUUCCAUAUCUAUGUCUAUGAUCUGGUGAAAAAGUCCUAAGCCUUAGGGCGAACUUGGCCGCACGGGUGGAGACGACCGUACGCUUCGUGGACAUGCAGAAUAAAGUUGCUUUGCAGUGUACUGGAAGCGUGAGGGUCCCUGUCGAUCCGACACUUUCGCCAGACACUUUUGCCAGCGUAACUGUUGUUUUGUUCUGAAAAAUACAAUCGUAUGUG